AUGGGUAAAAGGAAGGCCGCCAAGAAGCCGCAAGGCAAAAAGAAGAACGAACCUCUGUCGACUGUGUUCCCAUGUUUGUUCUGCAAUCACGAAAACUCGGUGCAGGUUAAAUUGGACAAGAAGGCUGGUGUGGGGGAGCUGAACUGUAAAGUUUGCAACCAGCAGUUUCAAUGUUCCGUGAACUAUCUCUCAGCGGCUGUUGAUGUGUAUUCCGAAUGGGUUGACGCUUGCGACGCGGUGGCUCAAGGCACAGGGAGUGGUGAGGGAGGCGAGCAUGCGCCAGCUCGCGCACCUGUACAGCCAGGAGGCGCGAAGCAGAGGAACGACGAUGAGGAUGACAACGACGAUGAUAUUAUAGAUGAUGAAGACGAUCACAUCGGCUAUGGUGGGGAGGGAGUGGCCGCAGACGACGAAUACUAA